CCACUGACACUGCAGCUGUAUGUCCGGACAUGUAGAUCUCAGAGCGGCUUGGCCUUUGUUAGCGAGUCGGUAAGAAGAACCAAGAAAGCCAGAGGAGCCGCAUUCAUGCACUUACAGGGAGGAAAAUGAUCAUCUGCACGAAAAACAUGGAUUAUCGCCUUGGAACCCAGUGUCAAUUUGUUCAAAAUCAGGUGAUGGUGAACUCUGAGAAAGACCGUGCUUCUCUCUUGUGCAUGAAGGCUCUGGCCAACAGGGGGCGUCUGGACACGGUGUCUCAGCAGAUGGCCUCUCACCCACAGUACCUGGAGAGUUUCCUGCGCACACAGCACUACAUCCUCUAUAUGGAUGGCCCAUUGCCUCUGCCCUACCGCCACUACAUUGCCAUCAUGGCUGCAGCACGGCAUCACUGUGGGUACCUGGUGUCUCUGCACUCAGCCCAGUUUCUGCGUGUGGGCGGAGACCCGUUAUGGCUUCAGGGGCUGGAGGCUGCACCCCCACGUCUACGGCACCUUGACCACAUCAGCAAGGUCCUGGCCCAUCAGCCUUGGCUCACGGCACGCUCGCACAUACAGGCUCUGCUCAAGACGGGAGAGCAGUGCUGGUCUCUGGCUGAGCUUGUUCAAGCGGUGGUUCUGCUGGCCCACUGUCACUCCCUUUGCAGUUUUGUUUUUGGUUCUGGUUCUGACUCGGACGCCACUCCCAUUCUCAGAGUGCAUCACGGCACGCCCCCUGGCUACUGUCUUUGUGAUGCUGCCAACGGCAACACAGCCUUAUCACCACCCCCUGCUGGACCCACAGAGAAAGCACCACGGCGAAGGUCCCUAGACUCCAGCUGCGAAGUUGCGUGCCUUCUAGAACAAAUUCAGAAAUCACAGGAGGAGAUCAAGGAAAGAAAAGGAGACCGACUCCAUUCACAGACACUCCUAUAUGCUGAUGUGGAGGAGGAGGAGGAGGCGAUGUUCUCCACAGACCCCUCCCGCUUCGUCACAGAUCCAGAAUUCGGCUACCAGGAAUUUGCCAGACGGGAGGAGGACCAUUUCCAAGUAUUCCGGGUGCAGGAUUAUUCAUGGGAGGAUCAUGGUUUUUCGUUAGUAAACAGGCUCUACUCUGAUAUAGGGCACUUGUUAGACGAGCGAUUCCGCAAAGUGGCCUCCCUCCCUUUCCCUCACAGCCCCGAUCUCAAACGAGCCAUCUGGAACUAUAUUCAUUGUAUCUAUGGAAUUAGAUAUGAUGAUUACGAUUAUGGGGAAGUUAACCGGUUACUGGAGCGUGGACUGAAACUUUACAUUAAAGCUGUGGCCUGCUACCCCGACUCCAGCAAGACCCCUCUAUGCCCACUGUCCUGGGCCCCUGUCAAAGCUUCAGAGAAGGUUCACGUAAAUCUGUUAGUGAUGGAGGCCCGUCUGCAGGCCGAGCUGCUGUAUGCGCUCAGAGCCAUCACCCAAUACAUGAUCGCAUAGGACAAGAGCAUUCAGCGCCACAGAGGGAUGUGGUAGAACGGAAGUCAAGGCAAAGAAAUACAAGCAGAGAUCUCUCUCUCUCCGUCUCUGUAUUUGUUGUCUCUGAGUUGACCGGUGUGACGUAAGGUACUGCUGUGAAAAAAAUCUUUGCCAAAGGUGAAACUUUAGAAGAAAAAAAAAAAGUGCAAAGCAAUCGCUCACCCCUACUGUCAUUUUGCAUGUGUUUCUCCUACAUAAUUUUGUUAGUUGUUCUUGUGUGUGUGUGUGUGUGUGUGUGUGUACUCAUUCCUUUUCUUUUUCUUUUUUUUUUUCUUUUUUUUUUUUUAUCUUUAUCCAAGAUGGUUAAUGUGCAAUUAUUUUUAUUCAGUUGUUGUUGUUGUUAUUAAUAUUUUCCCUUUUGUUUGUUUUUUGCUGUUGCUAUUCAAUCGAGAGACGUGUCCAACUGUCUGUUUCCAAGUAACAAAAUUCUGUAAAGGUCAAAGCCAAUUUACAGGAAAUGAGUGACUGGACAAAGGCGCUUGCUUAACAUGGCUUCCAGAUAUUUCAUUUGAAUGUGGAAUAGUGAGCAAAAUUUAACAAAGGGUAGGAGAAGGUUCCUUUUAAAUGAGCACUUUUAAGUCAGUAUCUAAAGAAUAUCUCAAUAAGCUUUCGGCUGUGGCUUCGUUCAGCUCACAGCAGGUCGUCGUCUUAUUCAGAUAGAUUAGCAUUGAUGUUUCUUUUUCUAAAUCUUCCACAUGCUUUCCUCUCUGCAUGGGUGCUAUAAAGAUUGAUUAUGGGUACUUUUAUAGGAUCCAUAAUAAUUCAUCCGAUUCAUCUCAGUAGGCAUUUAAACAGCUUUACAAUGUGAAGAUCUACAGUUGAUGGGUUCAAAGCAGUUAAAAGGAAUUGCAUUUUCUAAACUACUUUAAAUUGUAUGUUUGCUUUGUUGGUAGUGUUCUCAGCCUUUCUCAGUUUCUUAGGGCACCUGCUCUAUACGGACUGGCCAAAUUAAUACAGUGUGUAUUUGAGAUCCAUUACAUUGUGUGCUAACUUUGAAAACCAUUUAAAUACCAUUUAAAAGUAUGUCUUGAUAGGCCCUAAGUAAUUGACCCACUGAAUGGAUUCUGAACAGACCAGCGAUCAGUGAGAAGCACUGGUUAAUUUAAUGUAGACAUUUGUUCACGAGAAAGGAAUCCGCAAUAAUUAGGACUUGUUUUAAAAUAUUUUACCGUGUAAAAAUUAAAAGUCACCUUGUGAUGUAUGUGAGAAGCUUAUACUUUGUGAUUUUAACGUUAACACGUUGGUAUAGAUCAAACGAAGGCUUCUGUCUGUCAGAUGCAGAAAGGUUUGUGGUCAGCCUGCACAAAAUUAUUGUUAUUAUUGUUAUUAUCUUUGGCACUGAACCUUUUGUACGAGUGUGCUUGUGGCUGUCAUCCUUACAAACAUCUUAGAGAGGCGUUGAGCCCUCUGAUGCCAUGAAUAUAUUCAAUGUCCAGUUUUGUUGACAAGGCCAAAUACCUGUACUGUGUUAAACUCUCAUGGCUCUGGUUGACUAAUUACAGUUGGCAGAAUGACUUGGGCAACACCUAUGGUUGGUUUUGUGUGUUUAAUAUUUAACAUUUGCAUUACUUUUGUCCCUAUUUUUGAGGGAGGGUGAUGAUGUUGUCAGUUUCGCUCUUGUCUGAACUGUUUAGAUUUAAGAUGCUAAGAUAUGUAAAUCAGCAGAAAUGUGUAAAGAAGUACAGGAGCCGCAGUCUGUUGGACGCUCUGUGCCUUUUGACUAUGAUGAGUCAUGGCUCAUCAGUAUGGCUAAGCUGGACUGAAGUUUCAUGCUACUGCAUUAAUUCGAGCUGAGAAUGGAAGAUGAGCCAGAAGCGCGUUCAUCAUCCGGGCUGACUGACCGUAACGGACAACCGGAGACAUUUGUCAGGAGGAGCAGAAUACAACUACAGCACGGCCAUUCUACCUUAAACAGGACUGUCUUAAAUGCUUGUUCUUGAAUGGCAGUCUGCAAGAUCCCUGAAACAUAGAGACUUCCAGACUGCUCAGCUGGAAGAUGUUGUGGUGCGUCGGCGGUGAAGACUGAACGAGCAUGGCUAUUGCCAAAAUGUUUAUUUACCACGUAAAUGUAGAAACUAUGAAAAUUUAAACUGACCAAAAAGAGAAAAACAAAAACAAAAACAAAGAAAUAUUGAAAAACCAAGCAAAAAAAAAAAAGUUUUGAAAUGUGAAAGAUUAUUUUUUCUAUAAAGAAAUGCAAUAUCA